AUGUCUGCUUGUUUCGAAUCAUUUCCAACAGAGAUAUUUUUAGAAAUGUUUGAUUAUCUUUCUGGUUGUGAUAUUUAUUAUUCAUUUUCAAAUUUGAAUAGUCGUCUAAAUUCAAUUAUUCAAAUCAAAUCUAAAAUUUGUUUAGAUUUAUCUCAUGUUACAACAGCUAAACAGUUUAACUUCUUCUGUACAUUGAUUGUACCACAAAAUAUUUUGACAUUGAAACUUAUAGGAUACGUUGAAGAAAAUUAUUCUCAUUGUGUACAAAAAUGUUCAUACAAUCAAAUUGAUAUAUUUUUAUCAUAUUUUCAACUAGAAGAAUUUAUUUAUUUAAAAUCAUUAGAUUUUUUUGGUAUAUAUUCAGAUAAUUUAAAAUUUAUUUGUAAAAGUUUAGAAAAGUUAAAUUAUUUAACAUUUAUUUCAUUAAGUUUUAAAUGGUUAUAUGGAAGUGAUAUUCGAUUUAUAUUUCGAGUCAUAUUAAAUUUAUCUUCAUCAAUUUUAAAAUAUGUAACAUUAAAUUUUGAUAAAGAACAAAAUAUUGAUGUUAAUCAGUAUACAUCAUUAUGUAAACAACAAGAUAAAAUUAGAAUUCAAGAAAAACAUUUUGGAUUAUUUAUCAUCUAUUAUAAAUAG